CGUGCCUCCUCUGGGUUUGCAAGAUGUCCUGCAUCCUCUCCUUGUUUUUUGCGUUUUCAUUUGUUAAAUAUAUGUUGAAAUGAUCUUGUUUUAAUUACUGUAAUAACUAUUUUGGUAAUAACAUUUUUUUAUUUAUAAUGUUGUUAACUGUGCUCUCAUUCUCUCAGCCCACAAGUAGCGCUUCGUUGUCCUCGGCCGUGUCCAGCACUGUUUCAUGCGCCACAGGGAGGAGGACCCCGUCACCUGGCCACAGUCCCAGGAGAUACGUUCAGACUGUUUCCCCUCUGUCUCUUCCUCCUUCUCCUGUGUCUUCGAUGGCCUCCACUUCCUCGGUUCCAUCAGCCGCUACUAGAGUUGAAGUGUCAGCUACCACCUCCACUGGUUCCUCCUCUGCUCCUCUCCCCCCUGUGACCUCAGCACCUGCCGUUGCUUCUCCAUCUAUUGCUGGUCCCUCAACCCAUCCUGCUCCUGACCCUCUUCCGUUGGCCGGAAAUGUGGAGGCUGAUGCUGGUUCAGCACCUGGCUGGCUCCCUGCUAAACUCCUGAAGACCAUUCCUCUUCAAGAUCAGAAAUGGAUUUCAGCAGCUUUGUGGAAGCACCAGCGGCUGCGCUCUGACCUCAAACUCUGGUAUGAUCCACCAGAGCCAGCAUUGAUUUAUCACCAGAUCCCCACUCCAGAGCGAUUUUUCAAUCACCGGCUUCUUGUGUGGAUGCCAUACCACCUUUGGAAGGUCAGGCUUACCUGUCCUGUGUGUGGUAAACAUCUCACAGGCUAUGGAGCCCACAAGAGAGCCCGCCAGGUUCUGGAUAUUGACAGGUAUUACCUGUUGAUAACAGAGACUCUCUGGUGCAGCGCAGUUGGUUGCAAAACCAGCUACAUUUCCACCAGCAAAACCAUUUUGGACCAGCUGGACUUGGCCCACAGGCUUGAGUUCCGAAUAAUCCUUACUCAAAGAUAUGCUUGUGACAUGCGUGUCAUAAGAUUUCUGAGAGAGAGGACCCUUGGUAACAGUUCCUCCCGCUUGGUCAAGCAGCUGAGGGAAAACCACAGCGAGGAGUGGCUUAAGCAACUCUGCCGGUACCUUGGUGCAUGCUCGGACUUUGCUGCCCGGCCAUGCCUGCUCCCUGUCCAGUUCCAGGAGCCGCCUGAGCCAGUAGCCAUACCAUCUCACAGGUGGAUGCUGGCUGUUUAUGGCAGAGACAUCCUGAGCAGGCUUGAACACAUCAAGGCCAGCAUAACAUCUACCUUUGGCAGUAUCCUGAAAAUGGACUCCACGAAAAAAAUCACUAAGAAGCUGUCGGGCCUUGCCAAGGGGACCGCCUUGUGGCUUACAUCUGUGAGCAACGAGGUGGGCCAAAUCCUCAUCAGUGUCCUGACUGCUCAGGAGGGUCCCGCUCUGGACAUUAUGGUAGCUGACCUCAUCCGCAGGUACAGCAAUGCUAGUGUGACCCCUCCUCAGCUACUUUAUGUAGACUGUGACUGUUGUCUGGAGGGCAGAGGGCAGACUAAAUUGCAGCAAAGAUUUGGUGGAUGGCCAGACCUGGUUGUGAAACUGGAUAUAUACCAUUUCAUGCGGCGACUGGCAUCGGGGUGUACAAAGGAUGCACAUCCUUUGUACCCCAUCUUCAUGGCAAAGCUGUCAUGCUGCAUUUUUGAGUGGGACAGUGAAGAUGUUGCCUUGGUGCGGCGAGCAAAGAGGGAACAGUUGAAACGCGAAGGUGUCCCUGGCAUCACUGAGAAAAUGGUAGACCAGCACAUUACCAAGGAUGAACUGGCCCGGCACUGCAGAAGGCGGACAAGAGGAGAGCAGCAGACCAUUGUUCUGAUUGAGUGCCUCUUAAAUGAGCUGAUGGGGGAAAAGGGCAGAGACCUUCUUGGUGUCCCUCUCUUGGACCAGGAGAGAAUGCAGCACAUCUGGCAAACCCAGAGGAGGCACGUUAAGUGCAUCCAGGAUGAACCAGGUGUACUCCUGUAUGCUCAGACUGGCACCACCACCAAAGAGGGCAUCAUCCUGCCAAAUUACAGGUGUGCUAGAGGGUCCACAUCGCUCGAGUCCUUCCACCUGCAUCUCAACAGGUUCAUUCCAGGAACGAGUGCCAACGGCCUGAAUUUCCAGCUGUACCUUCUGGAAGGCCUUAAGAGAUGGAACCAGGACCGUCAUGCCGCAUCUCUGGCAGUCAAGCCUCCUGCUUUGCUGACCUACUCAGGAGACCUUGUUCAAUGUGUCAACACACACAGUGUCAAGGUGCUUGGAAGGAAGCUCGUCCCCUCUUUUCAGCCACCGGCCGUUUACACUGGGGAGCUAAUAGGUAUCGAUUACCUGUACCGCCAGACAGGCCAGGCCCUGCAGGAUGUACAUCCUGACUCGGAGGAGACUGAUCAGAUGCUGGAGGAUGUAGGCACUGAAGAAGAGUUGGAAGUUGAGAGCUUUGAGGAUUCUGGUUUGAGCCUCAGCCUGGACCCCACCAUUGAGCUGCUGGACUUGUCCUCUGGUCCAUCACCCGACUCCACCAGCUCAGCCAGCCUUCCAACUCCCUCCUCUCUCCAUCCUACUGCAUCUUGUAGCGCUGCAGCAGCGACUGAGCAACAUGUGAUUGUUCACGAGCCCUCCGGCCCAUCAGCCCUCCCUGCCGGCUCCAGACUUCCUGUAGUGCUCCCAACUACUACCAGAUUCCAAGCUACUGUCCCUCCUGCUGCAACUGCUGGUCCUUCGGCAUCACCUCCCAUCACUCAUGCUGCACCUCAACAACAGCUUCCUUUGGAUGUUCCAAAAAGAAUCAGGUCUGGCCUAUCAGCUGUCACCACUGGCUCAGCUUCUGUUCGUCCUCUUCUCCCAACCACACUCGCAACCACUGUCCCUGCUGCUACAGCUACUGCUAUGGCUGGAUUACGAGCCAUCACCCCAGCAGCACCUGAGCAGCAACAGGCUGUGGAUGAGCGUUGUGUCCCAGGGAUGGAGCGUGUGGACUGCCUAGCCGAGUACUUGGUUGGGCUGAGGACUGAAACUGGCCAGACGCUCAACAACCAGCAGGCCAGCACUAUCAUAGCCCUGUGGCAGAACCUCCUGCCAUAUGAUCAGCAGCGGGUGACAUACGCUGCACGCCACCAGGUGCGUCUCACAUCAGGUCGCUUCAGGUGUUCCAAAAAGAAACCUGAAUUUACGCCUGGUGUAGAGAGUAUGACCCGCUGUGUCUUAGGAUCAACAGGAUCCCCUGCUCAGUGGCCAGAUUGUUGUCGUUUGGUAGAGUCCAUCUUUGUCAAACUAUGUAGCAUAUAUAAGAGCCCCAAAAAACAGGGCAAAUGUGCUCUGACUAGAUGGACUCUGAUUCUCAGGGACUACAGCAAAAUCAGGCAGCUGGUCCUGGCUAACGGUGCAGUCAUGCAGGGCACUACUCUGCAGUUGUUUGAUGUUAAUCAAACAACUCUCAUUCAGUGGCACAAUAAGCGACUGAAGAGGCAGGACAGUAACAUUCUGCUGCAAGGGGUCAACUUGCCUCCUGCAAUUCCAGUAGCUCGUGCCCCUCUCCCACCCGUACAGAUACGCCCCGCUGUUGCACCCCUACAGCCAGGCCCUCAACAUCAGUACCACUUGCCACCAAGUACAGCAGGACAGGCAGUGGUCAAGAGGAAGUCUGCUGCUCCAGCCCAUCACCUCCAUGCCCCGAAGGCUCUCUGCCCGAGAUUGCCAGCCCCGAGGCAGUUGUUUCCUCAGCCAGCACCUCCGCCUACCUCUGCCCGCUUCCCUUUUGUCAUCGACCCCAGCCCUGCUAUUGGCCCAAUUGUGUUUUUGGCCCCACAAGUACCUGCAGCCAAAUCCAUUGCCCCUCAUGGCCCCCUUCCCACCCCAUCACCUGCACGUAGGCCAUACAAUCGGACAACAGACAAAAAUAAAUGCAGUCAGUGCCACCAGCCCCGGAACAAAGACAAUGGCCAUGGUCAAUAUUAUGGGUACAUUUACUGUCCCCAAAAUGCUAACAUGUCCCUUGACCAGUGGAUGGAAGAGAUGAGGAGGAAGAGGGCACAAAAAAAAUAAAUCUGUUUCAUUCUUUAAGUGUAAAAAGUUUUUAAAUGAUUGAAAAAAAGUUAGAUUUUUAUCAUAUUCCAAGUGACCUUCUAAAGUAUGUAGAGUUUUCUUUUGACAGUUUUAUAUUUGUAUUUAUUUGUAUUUAUUUAUUUUAUUUAUUCUAUUUAUUCUAUUUAUUCUAUUUAUUCUAUUUAUUCUAUUUAUUCUAUUUAUUUUAUUUAAAUAUUUGAUCUAAUUUUGUUUGCUAUAGUCACGUGUGAGUAGAUAUUUAAGUUUGUCUGUAUGUAGCCUUUUAAAGUAUGCAGAGUUUUAUUUAUGUUUCUCUUUCUUAUUUGUAUAUUCCUUAUAUUUAUUGUAUAUAGUGAUUUCCUGAGUUUUUGGUUCAUAAAAGUUAAAUGUUUGUUGCAUAUGUGUGAGAGAGAAUAGAGAUUUAUAUUUCGUAAUAAAUUUGCACUUUAUUUCGCCA